UGCCACGGUAAUACUUUGUUUAUCGACAUGGCUGCGUUUAGAAUUGAUCUAGGAAUUGGAAAGGUUCGUUUCAUCUACCCAAGUGGCUUCUUUCUUCUGCUGGCUGCCAACUUCCAGUUUGUUGCAACUUCUGUAACAUGGACAGCACCUCCGCCAGCCUGGAAUCAGACAGACCCAACUGGCAUUAGAACAGUUGACAUUUUGGUAUUCAAUAGAAGUACACAAGUGCAUCUGAAAUGGAAUUACAUACUGUCCCCCGGCUCAAACCUGCAAAUUACUACAUUUUCCAUUUUUGAAGAAGGCUCUGUCAGUGCUAUCGAUAUUGGCUUCAAAUUGCAUGGUAGUGAUGGUAGUGAGACCACGACAAUAGUCAAUAAUUUCGGAGCACGUUUUAAUAUCAGCACAAGUCAAGUGGCCACCUUGAUAAUAAACAGAGCCACUGAAAGAGAAGAAGCUACCUUCCAAUGCAAGCUUACGACGUCGAUCACGUGGCGAUACAAAGUUCGUGUCAAGUUGACAGAACUUCAAAUGCACUGGGAUCAAACACCAUUAAACCUGUCAACUGUUCAGGAAGGGAACAAUAUCACUCUGCAGUGGAGGUAUAGCUACACACUUGGCGUGUCGCCUUCAUUUCGAGACGCUACAUUCUUUGAUCUCCGUGAUGGUGAAGAAAAGCGCAUUGCAAACAAAUCCGGGCAGGGUGACCUCUAUGUGGAGCCCGCUUAUGGAGACCGAAUCAGAAUCCAUAUAGAUGAUACCAAAGCGUCGAUGACUAUUCUUACAGCGCUUAGAUCAGACAGGGGAAGAUACAAGUUUAAGGUUGAAACUUUAAACUAUAACAAGCUUGGUGGGCUAACAAGCAUAAUAGAAAUUUCAGUGCAAUUUGCAGCAAACCUUACUAAUGUAAGUCGUGACCAGACUGUUCUUGAAGACUCGAACAUGCAGUUAUUGUGUGAAGCAACUGGUGAACCAACACCAAACGUCACCUGGAUCAGAGUGUUGGAGGAUGGUAGCAGUAGUGAAAUACUGUACCAGGGUCAAACGUGGGACUUCCCAAACAUCAGUAGAAGUAACUCUGGGACAUACCGCUGUACAGCUGACAAUGGGUUUGGAAAACCGGUUAGCCACAAUGUCAAAGUGAAUGUCAUAUAUCCUGCCAAGAUUAUUAAACUUGCAAGUGAACAUGAAGUUCCAGCACAGCAAAGUGUAUCUCUUCAGUGUAGAGCAGAAGGAAAUCCAGAGCCGGCUUAUUCUUGGACACCAUGUGAUCCACAACAAAGUGUGUGCCAUGAAAGCACGCUAAACAUCUCAGAAGUGCUAAGUGACAUUGUGUAUACUUGCAACGUGACAAAUAGUUUGGGCAGUGAUACAAGAAAUACCAGCCUUGUCGUAGCAAGCACUGUGAUUAAUGUGACACUGGUCAUCACAAGUGAACGUUGUACUGAUGGACAAAUCAGCCAGUCAGGCUCGUUAUGGAGUAAACUACAGGAGACGAUUGACGGGAUCUUUACGAGUGAAAUUAAUUAUCAAAACUCGAUACUUUUAGAUGUCAGGUGUGGAAGUGUGAUUGUUGAUCUCGCCCUGAAGUUCAAAUCUACUGUUAAAGAGAGCGAUGUACUUAGGACACUUCAAGACGCUGCAAAAGAUGGAAAGCUUGGAGAUCUUGAUGUGAAUGCCUCGUCCAUAGUAGGCGUGCGACCUCAAACAGGCGCAACUGCAUCUACCAGUUCUGAAAGUGAGUCAAAGCUUUCUUGGAGACAGAAGAGCACUCAAUAAUGAAGUCGGGGUUUUUAUGAUUAUGGCAUGUCGUCAUAACACAUAACCAAUACAGUGGACUAGAGUCGGAGAUUUCCUCGUUUAUUGCUCUUAGAAUGUCAGUGCACGUCUGAACAGGCUGAUUGGAAACAUGCUGAUCUGUUCGCAGAUUAAUAUAUAGAUCUAGCCUAAAAGCGGAGCUCCUGGGAAGGGUUGUUCAAAGUCUCA